AGCGCGAGCGAUUUUUCGGGGUAAAACCGGGGUAAUUACCGCUUGGGUCUACGGUAUCCUUAAGUACUUGAGCCGUCCAUAUUGAAAAAUAAUGCGACAAGCAAAUGUUUGCAAGCUCAUAAUAACCUCUGGUAACUCUACAAUGAAGAACAAGUGCAUUCUCGGAGAGCAUAAAGUUUACUUAGAAGUACUGACAAUGAUAUCCGCCAAGGAGGAGCCUGCCCUCCUGUUUUUCAGUACAAAUCCUAUCAGCAGUGUACUGGCGUCAGUUAUUUGUGUAACUCGGACGAUGAGUGUAGUAGUCCCGACGAGCGAUGCUGUCCUCAAGAAAACGAUUGUCCUCUAAAAUGCCGAAAAACUAUUAAAAAAAGAGUUGCCCUAUUGAUAUCGCCUUCCUUCUCGAUGCAUCCGCAAGUAUGGGACGGCGGACCUGGGGGAAAAUAAAGAACUACGUCAAGUCUAUCGUGGACAUGGGUGACAUAUCCGACCAAGGCACCCAUGUCGGUAUCAUAACGUUCAGCACCGACCCAGUAAUUGAUAUCCCCUUCGACAAAUACAAAGGAGUAAAAAUGAACGCCGUCAACAUCAAAAGAGAUAUUGACGAGCUAAGGCGGAAAAAAGGCUACACGUUCAUCGAUAAAGCGCUUACACUUGCCGAUAAAAGUCUUUUCACUCAGGAAGCAGGAAUGAGAGAGGACAGUCAGAAGGUGGCCGUUUUAAUGUCGGACGGAAUCCAGACCAAGGAUCGAGGACCGUUCACGCCUACCAUCAUCGCCGCCAAUCGUCUUAAAAUGAAAGGAGUCCAGGUAUACACCGUGGGUAUUGGCGCUAGUAUCGACGUAUUAGAAUUAAUGUGGAUAGCAAGCGAGGACACGGGUUUGUUUGAUGGCCAGCAUUUGGAGCUCUUGAGAGAAGAUUUGGCCAACUUUACCCAAACAAAGUGUGCAGUCAAAUAGUAGUUUAAUGGUGAUGGUGAUGGUUUCUUGGUUGCUCCGAAUUUGGGUUAUUAGAGACCAAACUUAGCUUACAUUGUACAAGUUCAAUGUAGAGCAAGUAGCACAUUGUUCGUUACGUCACAGUUGCUCUGUACAUAAACAGUCUACAAAGUGGUGGAGAAAACGGACUAAUCAGACAGCUCUAGAUUCCAAAUUGAGCAACAAGUUGUAUUAUAGACAAGAUGAUAUACAUGAAAAGCUGCAUCAAGCGUUGUUUGUGUCAUCGUACACGCAAAUUGUAUAAUGGAUUGUACAAGGACUGGAAUAGGUUCUUCUCUAUGGAUUCCAAAGUUUGUUGCAUAACGAGGAAGAGGCUAAUUAAAAAAAACAUGUUGAAAAGGGUUGUUGUGCCUAAACAAUUCUACAAAACCUUCAUGAUUCCAAACCCAGUCCCCCGCUUUGUUCAAAUGCAAUUUUUCUUCUCAAAGGUAAAAUGAAAUUUCUAGACCGAGCCGGUGCUUGCUGGUAUCUAUUUUAUGUGAGAACAAAGACGACAAAUAACGUUAUCUAGUUAUAUGCAAGAUUUAUCUUUAUCAUCCUGAAUUUAGUAGAAAUAAAGCGGGAUAUAUCUAUCGA